AUGACGAAACCUUUGUCUUCUUUGAAGAGGACUCUUUAUGUGACUGGGACGUCUGUGAUUGCGAUUAAAUAUAAGGAUGGCAUUCUUAUUGCUGCUGAUAUGGGAGGCUCUUAUGGAUCAACCCUUCGUUACAAAAAUGUAAAUGUGGAGCGAAUAAGGCCAGUAGGAAAACAUUCUCUUAUCGGGGCAAGUGGAGAAAUCAGUGAUUUCCAGGAGAUUUUGCGUUAUCUUGAUGAGCUAAUACUAAAUGAUAGCAUGUGGGAUGAUGGAAAUUCCUUGGGCCCUAAAGAGGUUCAUAAUUAUUUAACCCGAGUGAUGUACAAUCGCCGCAAUAAGUUUAAUCCUUUGUGGAAUUCUCUUAUUCUUGGAAGACUAAAAAAUGGACAGAAGUACCUUGGAACGGGGAGGAAUGGAAUGAAAACUUGACCUUUGAAGAAGGUGUCAAGCUAUUGGAGAAUUGCAUGCGCGUCCUCCUUUAUCGUGAUAGAUCAGCUGUGAACAAACUCCAGAUUGCAAAAAUCACAGAUGAAGGUUUCACAAUUUCUCAGCCGUAUUCAUUGAAGACUCAGUGGAAGUUUAAAGCUUUCGAGAAUCCAACAGUCGGUGGUGAGGGCUCAUGGUAGUCAGCUCUCUUGGUAUGCAAAGGAAAUCAGUGUGUUUGGAAAUAUGCACUUGAAACGCGACCUUUUAAUGCCAUGUUAUGCAGUAGACUCGUGGGUUACAGCUCCCAAACACUGUUGUUCUUCUAGCGGACUUAUUUGCUUGUGUUUGUCACAUGAUUUAGAGACAUUGAUAAUGCUCUAGACGGUGAUGACUUUGGAUUGAGUUUGUACUUCAGUUUGUGAAAAUUCAUGACUGGGAAUGGAACCAAUCCUUAUGCCUCUGCCAAGUCAUGACAAACUUGUCACAAUCUGCAAUACAUUCAAAAUAGAUUCCUGGAA